AUGAUCCAUGUACGGUGGUCAGAUGGGGUGCAUCGUCUCAGGCGAUGGGAGUCCAGAAAACAGUGCCUACGAAAAAGUAAGAAACAAUGCGGAAAACAAGACGCAAUGUUCACUGCUAGAGCCCCUGUGGUGUUUAUGACUUCAUCCACGACAUGCCUUCUGCAAUGUAUAGACGCAAUAUAUAUUGUAUACUGCACAUACAGAUGGUGGUGGUGGUGGGGGAAGGGUCAGGACACAAUCGUCUUCUCGCCCGUGUCGUGGUCGAGCAAAACGUGCGUCCGCGUGUCUGGGCAGGCGCGGACCUCGUAG